AUAUUCCAGAGCUUGACUUCUGCAUAUUGGCCAAUCUGAUAAACUUUGCUCCCAAAGCUUGAGUAAAUAAAUUCACUGACAGGGUUAAGUUUAGUUCUGCUGGACAACCUACUUCAACGCACGAUGGCAACUAAAAGAACAUUGGCUUUUCUGUGCUUGCUGGCAGUGUUUGCUCACUCAUGCCAAGUUGUUCAAACAAAAAACUGCAGCACUCAAUUGGUGGAUGACCUAAAGGCGAAUCUAAAGGUGGCAGUAGAAUGCAACAUAAACCCUGAACAGAAGGCCGGUUUGCUAGUCCACAUGAGGAGUCUCACGCAAAUGCUGCACACAAACCAGCUGCAAGAAUGCAAAGGAGCCGAGCCUGUGAAUUGCACUCAACCUGAGGUUCCCCAAAACGGAGGUUUGGCAUGUGCUACGGUGGCCCAGAAGCGCUUCUGCAAACCGCUAUGCAACCAUGGUUAUGACUUUGCCUUCCUGAGAAGAAGCAGAGUGUUUGAAGAGUGCAGUGCAUCAACGGGUUUCAAGUGGAGUACGCAGUACAUUGGUGGAAACAAGCUAGCUGUCUGUUCCGAAUCGAAUUUACAAGUAUCGGGCGUCAAGACUGCGUACUUUGCCGAAGAUGCAGACUGUUUGAACACAAAGCGGCGCGGACAGAGAAACAGCAGCAUCCUUCAAGACUUUGUAACGGAGCUCAAGAAACACAGCGGGGUAGAUGAAGUACAGUCGUCGUGUCUGCUAUGUGGUUGAGCGUUCAAAUAAUGCAACAUCAUUUUGUGAGAAAAUAAAUUCGAAAUGAAA